GAAGAGCUCUGCACUCUGAGCCACCAGACAAAGCCACCACGGUCCUAGGAGACACAGCAGCGACUUUGAGCAGGAUCAUCUCAGAACCUGUAAGGAGAACCCCCAAUCUGUUUGUGGUGAUCACAGAAAGCUGAGCAGGGCAUCAUGACCAGCCACCAGACAGCAAAAACUUUCAAGAAAUCUGCCAUCCCAGGGGUUCUUAUCACCCAGUUUGUGAAUGAUGUUCCAAAAGGAUGCAGUACACCUGACUUUGAGAGGAAACCUCUCACUCUGACACUGCAGGAAGGUAAAAAUGCCAUUUUCAGAGCUGUGGUCAAAGGUGUCCCAACCCCAGAGGUGAAAUGGUCACGGGCACGAAAAGGGAUGGACGAUCCUGCCAAAUACGAAAUGUCCUUCAAUAGUGCUACAAAUGAAUUCAUUCUGCAGAUCAAAAAGCUAGUCAUGGAUGACAGUGAUUUGUACCGGUGCUGUGCUGUCAAUGAAUAUGGAGAAGCUUCCUGCUCUGUUGGCCUCAGGAUCAUCCAAGUUGGCUUUAAGAGGAAAGCAAAAUAUGUUCCUGUUCAUGCUGCUGAUGAGCUGAAGAAGACACUCCAGGACUCCAAGAAGAUGCUGAGGAAGAGGGUUGUAGCACCAAAACCAAAACCCCUGGACAAAGAAGCCGUGUGGCAGCUGUUGCUCCACGCAGACAAGAGAGACUAUGAGAAAAUCUGUAUUAAAUAUGGAAUUGCUGACUUCCGUGGGAUGCUGAGGAAGCUGCAGGAGCUGAGGAAGGACACAGAGAAUGAACAAGAUGAGUUAAUUCACAAUAUCAAAAACUUUGAACACAUCAGAGUCAACAAGGAGGGAAACGCUACAUUCAGCCUGGAGAUGGAGCUGAAAAAUAAAAACAGCAACGUGUAUCUACUCAAGGAUGGCCAGCGGCUCCGCUACGGGACGGGGGAUGAGUACAGGAAGCACUGCCUGAGGAGAAUUGGGAGAAGGUACCACUUCAUCAUCAACGAUGUGCAGCCAGAGGAUGCAGGCUUGUACCAAGUUAGGGUGGAGGACGUCCCUGUUUUCUCCACUGAGCUGGAUGCUGAAGCCAUCCCUGCCAGGUUCCAGCAGCCGCUCAGAGAUGUGCGCUGUCCCGAGGAGGGCGAUGCCGUGUUCUGCUGUGUCCUGCGCACACCCUGCCACAAUGCCGUGUGGCUGCACAAGACCCACACCCUGGAGGCCAGCCAGAAGCACCAGAUCUCUGUGACACCUGAUGGCCUCACCCACCAGCUCAUUGUCAAGAACGUGGUGCCCUCUGACAAUGGCAUGUACACGCUGGACGCGGGGCACGGCUCCUCCAGCGCCUGGCUCCUCGUGGAGUAUGCCAAAGGGAAGAAGAGACAGGAUGAAGAAGGAAUUGAAAAAAUUGAAAGAGAGAAAUCAGAGUGGCUGAAGGAAACAAUGGCAGACAAUGAAAGGGCGAGGAAACUUCGACGCCAAGAACGCCAAGAACGUGCUGGUGAUGAAGGUCAUCCCAUGGACACUGGCGUGGAAAAAACUGGCUGGUACAGGAAGGGUCAAGGCAGCAGCCAAGACAGAGGCCAAGGCAGCAGCCAAGGCCACUCCAUGGAUACUGAUGAUAGAAGCCAUAUAUUUUUGGGAAAAGAGGGGCUCCGCAAAACCCACAUAAAUGGAGGGAUGGGGCCUGGACAGUUUUCUGGAGCAGAUCUAGAUGGAGACUCAGUGACAAAUGAUGGCAGUAUCUUUGGAUUAAAAGGCUUAGGAGGCAAAAGUGGAUUAAGGCCUGUGCAUGCCAAGGACUUUGUGACAGGCAGAGAAGGUCCUGGUGAUGGAGCAGGAGGAGCAGGGGAACGGAAUUCUGUGGCUGGCAGAGGCGAGGGUGUGCUGGGCGUUGGUAACAUUGACAUGGCUGAUGGAGAAGGUUUGGGUUCUCAGCAUGACAAAGAUGGGAAUUUAGGUGACCCCAACUACAGAGCUGGCUUUGGGGGUGUUGGGAGAUUUGGUGCCACUGAUGGAAGUUCUGUGCCAGAUGGACUUGGUCCUGAUUCGGCCAGAGUGGGAGAUGGCAGAAUGGGGUUCCACCAUGGCAAGGAUGGUGAUCCAGUUGUGGGUGAUAUGAACAGAGCAGGGAUAAACAGAGAGGGACAAAUAGGGGCUCCUUAUGACAAGGACAGCCUGACACCUCAUGCCAGUGCUCAGUUAGGUCAGGGGGGAAGGUCUGGCUCACUGUAUGGUCCAGGUGGGCUUUCAGGUGGAGAUGGGGCUCUACCUCAUGCAGGUGGCAGUUCCAUAGGAGAAAUGGAGGCUUUCUAUGGUCCAGAUGGUCGGCCAGUGGGAGCAGGUGCUGAUGGUGUUGGUGGUUCAGGUGCAGGGGCAUUUGGAUCUCCCUAUGGAAAGGAUGGCCUCCCAGCUGGAGCAGGGGUUGGUGGUGCUGGUGCAGGGGGAUUUGGGGCUCCCUAUGGAAAGGAUGGUCUCCCAGCUGGAGCAGGGGUUGGUGGUGCUGGUGCAGGGGGAUUUGGGGCUCCCUAUGGAAAGGAUGGUCUCCCAGCUGGAGUUGCAGGUGGUGGUUUUGGAGGUGCUGGAUCUUUGGGGCUCCCUAUGGAAAGGAUGGUCUCCCAGUGGGAGCAGGUUUUGGUGCUGGUGGUGGAGCUGGUGCAGGGGGAGUUGGGGCUCCUUUUGGAAAGGAUGGUCUCCCUGCUGGACCAAGCAUUGGUGAAGCUCCAGAUGGUGGUUUGGGAGGUGUUGGAUCUCCAUAUGGAAUUGAUGGUUUCCCAGCUGGAGCCAGUGCUGCUGGUGCAGGGGGAUUUGGAUCUCCAUAUGGAAAGGAUGGGGUCCCUGCUGGGGCUGGUGUUGGUCCUGGUGGUGCUGGUGCAGGGGGAUUUGGUUGCAGCUCCCUAUGGAAAGGAUGGUCUUCCAGUUGGAGCAGGUGUUGGUGGUGCUGGUGUUGGUGGUGCUUGUGUAGGGCCAUUUGGGUCUCUCUAUGGAAAGGAUGGUCUUCCAACUGGGGCUGGUGCUGGUGGUGCUGGUGCAGGGGGAGUUGGGUCUCCCUAUGGAAAGGAUGGUCUUCCAGCUGGAGCAGGUGGUGUUGGUGGUGGUGCAGGAGGAGUUGUGUCUCCCUAUGGCAAGGAUGGUGUUCCAGCUGGAGCUGGUGCUGGUGGUGCAGCUGGCGCAGGAGGAGUUGUGUCUCCCUACGGGAAGGAUGGUGUUCCAGCUGGAGCUGGUGCUGGUGGUGCAGCUGGCGCAGGAGGAUUUGUGUCUCCCUAUGGCAAGGAUGGUGUCCCAGCUGGGGCUGGUGUUGGUGGUACAACUGGUGCAGGAGUUGGCUCUCCCUAUGGAAUGGAGGAUCUCCCAGCUGGGGCUGUGGCAGGAGCUGCUCAUUUUCCAUUUGGAGGUGAGGGAGCAAUGGGAUCUCAGCGUGGCUGGGACAGUGGGCUGUGCAGAGCUCCGGGAUAUCCAGGUGGAGCAGGAGGAGAGGGUUUUUCCAUGGAAGGUGGGGGUGUCGGUGGCUCCGCAGUGUGGGGCGCUGGGACUCCCUGUGGCAAGGACAUGGGAUCAGCUGGAGCCUGGGCUGGUGCAGGUGCUGUUGGGAGGUUGGGAGGCAAUGAAAGGAAUUCAUUCCUUGGUAAAGGAGGUGUGGGAGAUGGUGGUGGACCAGGUGGUCAAUAUGGAAAGGGCAUCGCCAGUGAUGUCAGAGGAUUAAGGAACCAAGGUUCAGCUGAUGACAGAGAGUCACUGUCAGGUCAAGGAGAUGUCAGGGGUGAGGGUAGAGAUUUAGGAGAGUUGGGCUCCCUUUAUGGCAAAAGUUCUGCCUUCGGAGGGGCAGGGAGUAAAUCCCAUAACAGACCUGCUGAUGGGAGUAGUUCAGACAGCUUUUUUCAAGGUCCACCGAGUCAAGGCCAGAUGUCAGGUCUUUUUGGUGGACUUCCUCCAAUAAGCCAGAGGAAUGAGGAACCUGACUUGGAAAUUAAAGCAAAGGAUCUCCCGAACAAUACGGAAAGUACGACCCAAAAAAGACGGUCUUGCCUGGAUGAUCUCAAAGUACCACGGUGUUACCUCAACAAGCAACUGGCGACAGUCCGGGUGGUGAAGGGGGAACCAGCUGAGCUGUCCUGCACUGUCAGCAAAGAUGAUGUGACAGGAACCUGGUUUAAAGAUGGGCUAAAGUUGACAAGCAUGCAAGGAGUCGUGUUUGAAAAGAAAGGUCUAGUCCACAAACUAAUUAUUAACAAAGCCGAAGAUAUUCAUGCUGGGAAGUACAGGUUUGAAGGUGGAGAUGUGAAAACUGAAGCUUCAAUUUUUGUUGAAGACCCUCCACAGGUUGACAAAGUUCUCCUCAAAAACUUGACCAGUGUUCCCACGGUGGCCAAGGCUGGGCAGCCAGUGAAGCUCAGGAUCCCCUUUGAGGGCCGUCUGCCCAUCAGGGCCACGUGGCUCAAGGACAAGAUGGAGCUGGCAGAUGACACCAGGAUCCGUGUGGAUAAAACAGACACUCACACCACGCUGUCCAUCCCCAGCUGUGAGAGGAAGGACCGUGGGGAUUACAAGGUCAGGCUGAAGAAUGACAGUGGAGUCCUGGAGAUCAACUUAAAGCUCAUGGUCAUAGACAAGCCACAACCACCAGCAGGACCCAUCAAAAUUGUUGAGAGCUCUGCAAAUGACAUCACCAUCCAGUGGCAGCCCCCAAAGGACGACGGGGGCAAACCAGUGCAAAGGUACAUCGUGGAGAGGCUGCAGGUGGGCAAGAACAACUGGGAGACUUUGGGAGAAACCCCCAGGAGCUGCACCACCUUCACUACUAACAAAGUGGAAGAAGAUACAAGCUACUACUUCAGGGUGAGAGCCGUGAAUGUGGAGGGAACGAGUGAUGCGCUGGAGUCGGGUGAAGUGAAGGCCAUUGGUAAAGCUUCCCCUGGUGCCCCAGAUCCCCCUGAGAUCAUCAGUGCCAGCAGGGACACCAUCACAAUAUCCUGGAAAGCACCUCGUAAAACUGGCGCUUCCCAAAUUGUGGGAUAUAUAGUUCAGAAACGCAAGAAGGGCACCAUGACCUGGCUGCCAGUCACCAAUGGGCCUGUAAAAGACAAGAAGCUGAAGGUGACCAACCUCAAGAAGGGUCUGCAGUAUGAAUUUCGGGUGGCAGCUGUCAAUGCUGCUGGCACAGGAGAUGCCAGUGACCCCUCACAGCCCGUCUUUGCCCGGGAUCCCACGAAAUCCCCAGGUCAAGUGCAGGAGCUCAAGGUGAGCAGCUGUGACAGCACCAGCAUCACCCUGACGUGGAACAGACCUGAGGUCAAAGAUGGGAACGAAGUGAAAGGUUACGAGGUGGAGGUGAGGCCUUCCCACAGCUCCAGCUGGACCAGAUGCCUCACCCUUCCUGCAGAGGCCACCACGGGCACAGUCAAGGGCCUCCAGCCCAAGGAGAAAUAUUUCCUGCGUGUGAGGGCCCUCAACGACAGCGGCCCAGGAGAGGCCACAGAGCUCGAGGCCUUCAUGGAGGCUGCUGCCCCUGUGGUUCCUCCCAGAUUACUGAUCGAUGACACAGUGAAAAACCUCCUGGUUAUAAAAGCAGGAAACACUAUCCGGGUGAAUAUUCCCUUUGAGGGAUCUCCAGAGCCGGUGGUGAUCUGGUUAAAGGAUGGGCUCCCUCUUCCCAACCGGGCUGCCAUAAAAACGGAGGACGGAACCACUCAGCUGCUGAUCGGGGCAGCUGAGCUCGGCGACAGCGGCACCUACAGCGUGGAGCUGCAGAACGGGCUGGGCAAGAGACAGACUUUCAGCUUCCAGGUCCAAAUUACAGACAUCCCGCAGCCUCCUGGACCACUUAGGUUGGAAGAGAAUGUACCCAACACAGUGACGGUGACCUGGGAACCAUCAACAUCCGAGAAGUGGGAAAAGAACCUCUACUACACCGUCCUAAAACGGGAAUCUGAGAAGGGUGUGUGGCAUGUGGUGGGGGACCUGCUCUAUAACAACAAGUUCACGUUCACCAGUGUGAUCCCAGGCAGAGAUUAUUACUUUAGAGUGGUGGCAAAGAACAGCCUGGGAGCCAGUGUUCCAUCUGAAACUAUGCAGCCUUGGAGGAUUCGAAAAACAAAGGCUGAAAUCCGAGUCAUACCCCAGAAAUACAGAGGAGUCAAUCAAAACCAGCACCCGAGAUUCCUUGUCCCGCUGAAGCCCCACGUGGUGGUGACAGGGAGUGAGUGUCACAUGAGCUGUGCAGUUGGGGGCCACCCACCCCCAAAAAUCACCUGGUACAAAGACAGUAGAGACCUCUCCAAUGAUCCAAACUAUUUCUGCACAAACGACUUUGGAGUCUGUUCUCUGGUUAUCAUGGGGGUCACCAAACAGGAUGCAGGAGAAUAUAGGGUGGAAGCCUCCAAUGAAGUGGGCUGUGUCUCCAGCAGAGCCUUCCUCGCCAUCAAAGGUAAAAUCUGCAGUGCUCUUCCUUCCCUGGGGGAUGCCACGGUGUGUAAUUGCUGCCAAGGGCCUCAGAAAUGGUCUCAUGCAGUUCUACCUGCUGACAAGUGCAGUCUCGUACUUUAUUUCACUUCUGAUUAUCUUUUUUUAGUGAUCAAAUAUGGAACAGAACUAGAAAUCAAAAGACAGAUGUGAAAAAAACCACUCGGU